AUGUCCAUUGAAAUUGCAAACCGAGAUAUAGAUAUUGACUUGAGUAAGCUUAUCAACUUUAGCCUUACAUUCAAUCCCCUGCAACUUGCUCUCCAGGAGAUCCUUCAGCGCCUUAAGGCACUCGAGGAUCAGAACGAGGAGAAGUCCGAUGAACUUGCCCGGCUUAGAAGUGAACUGGAUGAGCUGCGCGAUCGACAACAGAAAGAACAGGAGACCGAAUCAUUACCAGGGGAUGGGCGCACCGAAAUAUCAGAGUCGGCUGGUCGCGACGGCGACUUAGCCAAACCCGAGGACCUGAAAAACGAAGGGGAUCGACCGUGCACCGCAUCCGAUCACGAUGCAUUAUGGGCGGAGAUCGAUUUAUUGAAGUCCCUUUUGGGCGAGUUAACCGAGAACACUGAGAAGGAUCGGCACAGCAUCGAUGAGCUGUAUGCUCUGCGCAAGCGACGCGACAGUUACGUGCAACCGCCGCAUUUUGAACCUCCCUCGAAGCUUAGGGACUCUCUCUGUGAGGAUAGGCAGGAGGAGCGUCCAGGAUCUUCGAUCCUGCGUUACGGUGGCCCGUCCUCGUGCAGCCGCCCCGAGUCCGGCUUCUACAGCCAAGAGGGGAAUUCAGGGAGUCUAUCGAUGGGCGACAAGGUCCUUCGCAAGGCACAUGAGGAGCUGCCGGAGCUGACGAAGGGAAAGCACUCUUUCACAGGAGAAAGGACUUCUAUCAUUGAGGCUCGACCAGAGCCCGGCGAGGACAUGCAGCCUUCGCAUCGUCUUGCCCAGCCUUCCACCGACGACAUGCGGCCCUUCCCGGGGCAGGGCAGCCCCAUACAACUUACUUCGCAAAAAAUGUCAAAAUUCGACAUGAUUCCGCCCGCAUUAUUGGAGAGUGCAAUACAGUCCCGCGGGCAUAGCGCGUCUACUACUGCUGCGCGAGAUGACAGGUCCUCUCGGUCCGCACUUCACGAUAUACGACCCUCAAUCACGAUCUCCGACCAGCUGAAGCGGGAUAGCCAUGACAUCGCUUACCUCAAUCGCGUCGUAGCCGAGAUUCUUGGCGAGAUGAAGGGGUUGCACGACGACGUCGACCUGCUACAGAUGACGUAUCAAGGCAAACGGGGUGAGGAUGAGUUCUCCGAGGUCCCCCAUAGCGCCGACGCUACGCUUGAGCCAGGGCAACGGCUUCUAGACGAACCCUACAAGAACCUCAAGAGACGCGUGGAGGCGUUGCACAAGGACAGCCUACAGCGCAGCGAGGCCCUUCAGAAUCAGAUUGACGAUCUUCGGAAGGGCAUGAAGGUCGCCCAGCAGAUCCAGGAUAGCGAUCUUGACCACGCGCGGGGGGUGCCCGGUCUAAAGAACCGCCUGGGGGAGUUGGAGAACCGCCUCUUUGCGCUUGAGCAGGCCGCGGACCGCGCGGACGGGAAGCUAUCCGAGGUCUUGAACUUCGCCAAGGAGGGCGACGGCAGCGGCGAUGGGGUUGGUGGGAUCAGUGGGGUGCAGUUCGCCCUCCUCCAAGGGGCGGUGCGCGCGCUGGAGAAGCAGCUCGCGGAGCUCCAGGGCCGCGAGCCGGGGAAGGACUGGGGCGACGACCUCGCCCAACUUGAGGCGGCGCUGCGGCGUCUCCACGAGCAGCUCGCGGCGCUGGAGUUGGAGACGCAGCGCAACGCCCGGGAGUGCGUGCGAUUGGAGAAGGUGAAGGCCGACCGCGACGGCGAGGCCGCGGAGAUCGCGGACAACCUGCGGGCGCAGUCGGCCUCCCUGGAUGGGCUGCUCCGCCGCCUGAAAGCGCUAGAGGAUGGCAAGGCAGGGGCGGACGACCUCGCGUUGCUGCGCGACCACCUCAACGAGCGGUUGUCGCUUCUGGAUCAGGGCGCCGCGCAGGUGGAGGGCCGUGGGGCGCCCAGCGUGGCGGCCCCUGGCGCGGGAGAAGGGGAGCGGAUCCACCGUCUCCAGCAGGAGCUCGCGGAUCAGAUCGCCCACAGCGGGGGGGGCACCGUCGCCACCCAGGACGACCUUGAGGCCCUUCGCGAGCUGGUGGAUCGGCUGGAUCGCUGCAAAGCCGACUCGACGCUGGUCGCAAAUAAGGCGGAGCGCGACUACGUGGAGAAUGCGCUUGAGCGGCUGAUGCGCGAGGUGGAGCAGGUCCUGAACGCGACGAACGCCGGGCUUAUCGACACGUUAGACCGGUCGCUUGGCAUCCUGCGCGACAUGAUCGACAGCAAGGCCUCGAAGCAGGACGUGACGCGUCUUCAGGAGAGCGUCGGGGAUGGCAGUGUCGUCGGGAAGGGGGCCGCGGAUGUCCUCACGGGGUUCAAGGGCUACCGCUGCCUCGGCUGCAAUCGCGUCGUGGAGAGCCUGCGCCCGCGCACGCUCGGUUCCAAAAUGAACCCCUUCCUUAAUAGAACCCCACAACACCUCCCCAAGGACGGGGUUACCCGUUCCAUCGAGUAUGAACACGAGCAGCGCGAGAGGACGGAUGGGGGUGGCGGCCGGCCGGGAGUCAACAGCGCUCCACCGCUGCCAUCACCUAACGAAUACGACGAGGCGGUGGGAUCGCCAGUGGAUGGGGUAAACAGGGCGCUUCCGCGAAUCGGUGCGCCCUCUUCCCGGUAA